AUGGGUGACGCCGAGGCGGCGACGGCCGAUGCCGCGGCCGAUGAGGUCGCUGACGCGCGUCACGUGCACGAGAUGGACACGUCGGAGUCCGAGGAGGACGCGUGCUCGUGGCGCGCGCUCCAGGAGUGCCUCGCGUCCGUCGGCGAUCCCCCCGCGCGCGCCACGAGAUCCGCAUCAUCCGACGGGCCCGCUCAGAAGCCGCUUCCGUUCGUCGACGCGGACGCGGUGCCGGCGAGUUGGGGCCUGCACGUCUCCGGCGCGGUGCACGGCGGGUGGGUCAAGCAGACCUCACCCGCGUGCGCCGCGGCGGUCGUCGCGGGGGCGUGGAACGCGUUGGCGUGCGGCGGCGAUAGGCACGCGCGGGGGGCGUUACGCCAGGAGCACGUCGUGGCGCACCUAACGGACGUCCUGCGCGAGGCCAUCGCGUCGAAGCGCGCCAGGUUCGAGCGGAUGCUCGGCGCGCCAUGCGGCGACUUCAUCGAGGCUUUGAUGGCGGCCAUCGCGGCGGAUCCCUCGGGGAAAACUCUCGGUGGGAAGAGCAAGGCGGAGCCCGGGAUGAGCCGGCGGGAGGUGAUGCGAAUCGCGUUGACGCUCGUGGAGUCGCGGGGAGAACCCGAGCUGCGGGAUCGCGAAUCGCGAGCGGCGGCGGCGGCGGCGUCUGCGCCCGCGGAGGACGCGACCGAUCGAACCGGAAGGAGGAGCGCGGAGGAGACGUACGUCGUAUCGCGCGGUGAGUCACCGGCGGACCCGACGAUUCAUGCGACGAUGCAGACGAAUGAAUCCUCGUUGGACGACGUCGACACAACGGGCGAGUCGCGACCAGCGCCGAUGUCGUCCUUCGGCGCCCUCGCGGCGCUCGCGAGGGAAGACGCGGCGAGACGAGCGGCGUCGUUCGACGACGACGACGACGGAGCGUCGGACGAUUCAUCCAUCGACGACUCGGAACCCGACUCGGAGAACGAACCCGACUCGUCAAACGACGAAAACGACGAACACGGUUUGGGCUCCGUCUCGAACGCGUCCGCCGUCGGAGACGAACCGUCGGAGGAGGAUCUCGUCGCCGCGCUCGCCGCGGGAAUCCCGGGGUUCGGCGGCGGCGUGGAAAAGAUGAAGAAAAAGUCGGUAAACUCGAAGAAGAAGAAGAAGACGAAGAAGAAGGCGGCGCCCCCGCCCGGGCUCCUCGCCAGACUAUCGCGAGCGGCUCCGCCGAACGACGCGGCUCCGACGACCGACCGCCCUCACGCACGGACCGAGCCAGUCUGGAGGUGGAGGAAAGACCUGUGGGAGAUACUGCGCAAGAUGGCCGGUUUGGAGAAGCUGAGACGGCCGAAACCGAGCACGGCGGCGUUUGGUAACUGGGGCGUCGCGGAGGCGUUUCGUCGGGUCUCCGCCGCGGCGCAGCCGGCGGACCUAACGGCGCCGCCCGCGCCCCGCGUGUCGUGUCGCGUCGUCGUCGGCGCGAAGACGAGGCUACGGAAGGACCUGCCCGUGCCGCUUACGAGUAACGCUUCGGAGGAGGCGAUCGAUCGCGAGUGGCGCCGACUGUGCGCGCUCUUUGCGCAGGACGGCUGCGCGCUGAUUUUCCACCUCAAGAACCACUACGCGCUGGUGCACGCGCUGCGGGAGCGGACGGAUCGCGACGGGCGACGGACGCGGGAGAUGCUCACCGCGCGACGGGGGCAGCGGCCGAACGCGUGGAUACCCUGGGAGGAGGCGCGAUCGACGAUGCUGAGGUGGUCGGGAUACGCCAUCAUGCAGGCGACCAGGCACGCCGAAUGA